AUGACACAAGAAUCACUGGAUACAGGUUGCUACGACGUUGUUGUUGUCGGAUCAGGUGCGGCUGGAUUGACCGCUGCCCUCUCCGCCAAAGUCACCAAUCCCGACCUCCGCAUUCUUGUAGUCGACAAGGCACCACGUGAAUGGCGAGGAGGCAAUGGCUACUUCACGGCCGGUGCAUAUCGAACCGCUCACGAUGGACUUCCCUCUCUUCUGCCAUUGGUGUCUAAUGUACCAUCAGAAUUAGAGGACAAGAUUGAUCUGGCACCUUAUACCGCUGAGGACUUUGGAAACGAUUUGCAACGCGUGACAGGAGGGCGAAGCGACAAGGAUCUCGGAGCCGUGCUUAUCGAAGACAGUCUGGACACUGUACGAUGGCUAAAGGAGAAUGGAAACGUGGUCUGGUGGCUCAGUUUCCGACGUCAGGCCUACGAAGUGCAAGGAAGGUGGAAGUUCUGGGGCGGUCUGGCGCUUACCGUGAAGGACGGAGGAAAAGGUCUGAUCAAGAAUCUAUCUGAAGCUGUCACGGCAAAGGGCAUCGUUACCUCGUUCGAUACAAAGGUCGAGCGCUUGCUUCUCGACAAGAGUGGAGGCAUCGCUGGAGUCGAAACCACCAAAUCAGGCAAUGCAGACUCUACCUCUCAGCUACACGCACCCAGCGUCAUCCUGUGCGCUGGUGGGUUUGAAGCAAGUCGAGAACUCAGAAAGACUUUCAUGGGACCUGGUUGGGAGCUCGCCCACGUCCGAGGUACACCAUACAACACAGGAGAUAUGCUUUUGGCAGCCCUGGACCUAGAUGCACGAAAAGCUGGCGAUUACAGCCACACAGGUUGCCACAGCGUUAGCUGGGAUGCGGACUCGUCUCCAGAUGGAGGCGAUAGAGACAAGACAAAUGAGUUUACCAAGAGCGGGUAUCCGCUUGGACUCAUGCUCAAUAUCCGCGGCCAACGUUUCGUAGACGAAGGCUUCGACCUCCGCAAUUACACGUAUGCCAUGUUCGGUAGAGCGAUACUCGAGCAGCCGGAAGGACUAGCUUUCCAGGUGUGGGACGCAGACGCCGUUGGCUGGUUGCGAGAGGAAGAAUACCGUGAUGACAUCGUUCGCAAGAUUCGAGCAGAGAGCAUUGAGGAGUUGGCAGAGAAGCUCGCAGCGGAGGGAUUGAGAGACUCACAAGCAUUCGUCGAGACGAUCAACGACUACAACGCAGCGGUUCGCGCGCACCGAGAAGAGUAUCCUGACGCGAAGCUCGAUCCAUCAAUCAAGGACGGACUUUCGACGCAGUCAUCUCGGAUGGCGUUGAAGCUGCCCAAAUCAAACUGGGCGUUGCCUGUUGUGAAGGGACCUUUUACAGCGGUCCGAGUAACUUCGGGUAUAACCUUUUCAUUUGGAGGAUUGGCAGUUGAGCCGAGUACGGCAAAUGUGGUGAGGAAUGAUGGGUCCUGUAUUCCGGGAUUGUUUGCAGCAGGGGAGAUGGUCGGCGGGCUGUUUUAUGCAAACUACCCAGGAGGCAGUGGGUUGACGGCCGGCGCAGUGUUUGGGAGAAGAGCAGGCGUUGGCGCGGCCAAACGGGCGUCGGGCACAAUUUAG